AUGACGAGUCAGCGUCAGGCCCAGGUCCGCCAGAUACGCCCACACCAAGCGCCAGGCUGGGAUCUCGUCGGAGUAAACGGAAAGCGCUUCAGUUCCGGCCCAGCAACCCCGGGAGUGGACAAGGUCAAAGCCGGCAAUAUUGUACACAACAAUCCUCAAGAAAGGUGCUUAUCUCAACCUGAACUGUCCGAACGUAGCCCUCCAUGGUGCGACUGCUGGCGAAAAAGGUUAUUCCAAUGGUCGUAUCCGCUAUCCAGUGUCCUACCAGGAGUGGCUCGAGCGUCUCAAAGAACAGCUGGCCUGUUUCCUCAUGAUGGUAUUACCCCGCUGGCCAUGGGCGGAGCACGCGGGGUACUUUUCCAGAUAACAUUACUGGAGUAUGGCUACACUUUUGUCGGUAAAGGCCCGGUACUGGCUUUCAUCUCAGACCUUCAGCACGAAGCUGCAGUGUAUGAACGUAGCGCGCCAUGUCAAGGCAAGAGCAUCCCGGUUUUUCUAGGGGCGAUUGACCUAAGGUUGAUGAACAAAACGCACUACUUUAUACAUCGGGUGUACGUGGUAAACAUGAUUUUCAUGUCGUGGAGCGGACACUGCCUCGACAAAGUUCAGCUUUGUAAUAACGGGAUGAAGCAGCUUGAGGCCAAGACACGAGCAUCAUUGACCGGUCUGCAUGAAAGAGGCGUGAUCCACAAGGACAUACGAGCGGCCAAUACAUUGUAUGAUCCACGGACGGACAGCGUCGUGCUGAUCGACUUUGAGCGAGCUGAGUUGCUCGACAAACCACGACACCCGUUAUUGCCGUUGGUACCAAACAAGCGGAAACACGGUCCAGGUGCGUCCCAGAACAAGGUGUUAGGACUAGGAUCAGAUCAAGGGCGCCGAAGCGACCUCGUGAUGUUGGAGUCUGUGUUUGGGUCGUCAGGAGGGAGGAGUCAACGGCUAGUUGAAAGGCAUCAUCGAAUAACCGGUCAAGCACCAGUCUGA